AUGGCAGACACGCAGGCCGAGAGGGCUUACCAGAAGCAGCCCACAAUCUUCCAGAACAAGAAGCGAGUCCUCUUGGGGAAAACCGGCAAAGAGAAGCUCUCCCGCUACUACAAGAACAUCGGCUUGGGCUUCAAAACCCCCAAGGAGGCUAUUGAGGGUACUUACAUUGACAAGAAAUGCCCCUUUACUGAUAACGUGUCCAUUCGGGGCUGUAUUUUGUUAGGCGUGGUCACCAAGAUGAAUAUGCAGUGCACCAUCGUCAUCAGGAGGGACUACCUGCUUUACAUCUGCAAGUACAACCACUUUGAGAGGGACCACAAGAACAUGCCGGUGCACCUGUCCCCCUGUUUCAGGGACGUGCAGAUCGGGGACAUUGUGACCAUGGGCGAGUGCCAUCCACUCAGUAAGACAGUUCGCUUCAAUGUCCUCAAGGUGACCAAGGCUGCUGGUACCAAGAAGCAGUUCCAAAAGUUCUGA